AGCACCCCUUUCUCCUCUGGCAGGGUUCCGUGCCUGAUCCGCGGAGCGCAAAGGGAGCGUGAGCUUCCCGCUCUAAAAGAAGGGACGUCAGACCCGCCUGGUCACAGUCACGUGCUGUCUGUGGGUAUUGCAACAGAUGGCACCUGCUACCCCAAAGGAAAUGAUGCUCCAGAGUUUAGCACAAUUACUACACGAUUCUGGAGACUUGAUUCUUGAUGGUACUAGUACAUUGACCCUAUUCACAUCCACACUGCAGUAUCUCACACAAAUCUUUGAGCAGCACCUAAUAUCACGAAACCAGAACCACGGCUUUAUUGCACUCUCAUCACAUCCUGCUGAAACUUCUGCCAUCCUUCAAGCCCAAUUCCUCUUUGAUGUCUUGCAGAAGACAUUAUCUCUGAAGCUUACUCAUGUUCCAGAUUGUCCUCUGCCAGCUGUUGUAAACAUCUUCCCCUUCAAAUCUUUGCGGCGUUUAGAGCUGAAGUGUGUCCCUCUGCACUGUUUAAGAGGCCUUCGACUUAUCUAUUCCCAGUUGGAGGCUUUGACCUGUUCCAAGUGUGUGAACUCCCUGGAGGAGAUAAUUUCAGCAUGUGGAGGGGACCUUAGUUCUGCCCUGCCGUGGUUGGAACUGCAGACAGUCAACUUCAGCCACAACUCCAUUGCUAACUUGGAUGGCUCACUGCAAUUAUUGAACGUCCUGAAGGCUUUGGAUCUUAGUCACAAUCUCCUCCAGGACUGUGAGUGCCACUUGACUGUACUGACAGACCUGGAAUAUUUAAAUGUUGCCUACAACUUCCUGCCCAAAAUUCCUGACCUCGGGCUGCACAGCAGGGCUAAAUUGGUGACCCUGAUCCUGCGGUACAACCAGCUCGACAGUAUUAAUGGUGUGGAACAACUAUCUAGUCUGCAGCACCUGGAUGUUGCUUAUAACUUGCUCUUGGAACAUGCUUUGUUGACACCACUGUCUCUGCUGCACAACAUGAAAAGACUGCACUUGGAAGGGAAUCCAUUAUGGUUUGAUCAGAAUCACCGGCCUGCUACCAUGUUGCACUUAUCUCCUAGGGUCAUUUCCUGUGAUUUCCUCCUUGAUGGAGAGUUGCUGUCUGCCUCUGACCUGCAGCAUCUCUCCAAACUGGAUCAGAUGGUUGUUCGGCCACUCUACACUCCUGCAUCAGAGAAGGUCUUGACAGACCGCAGUGCCCUGGAAAGUUCUUGUGCUGCAGACCAAAGUGAUAGCCAGUCUGGAGAAAGCAGAACUGCCAGGAUACCACCUCAGAAGAAAACAAAGGGGAAGGUUAAAGUGCGCAGGGCCAGCAUCUCGGAGCCUAGUGAUACAGACCGUGAACACACAACGCUACCCCUCUCAGCAGGUGUAGUUCGGCAGCACCAGGAAGAGAUGGAGCGCAUGGACAGUUUCAGAGAUCGUUUUGGUACCCACUGGCUCCAGUAUAGACGGCACCUAGAAGCGCAAGGACAGGCAGGACCCAGCACACCCUCUGGUAGCCCCACAACAGACUCUCUAGGCAGUUCUGCUGAGGUUUCUGAACAAAACAAGAGCCCACUGCAGGAGCAGAAGACAGCUGAAGCGGAGGAAGGAAAGGAACCAGAGCUGCCACAUGCUGAAGUCGUGGUGGAAAGUGUGAAAGCAGUGGUGGAAACAGAUUGUUUGGCAUCUACAGAAGAGAGAGAUGAGGAAGAAAAACCAGAAGCGGACCUCUGCCAGCCAGUGUUGGUAAGCCAGAUAGAAGGUGAUUGUGACCCAGAACCAGACUGGAUCUUCCUACGGGUUACUGCUCGGCAUGUGAUUGAGGUGGAAUUGAAAGCAGCCAAAGUAGUACGCCGGCUAGAACUUCAAAAUCUGCAGAAAAUAGAGACAUCGGAGAUGCUGUGGAGAAGACUGGACCUGGAGCGUGUGUUUCCUGUUCUCACACUGCAUUUCAACUACAUCUGCAAGGACCGUCAGAAGCGUCGAUAUAUAGUGUUGGAUGAUCACCCUGAGCGUUGUGUACAGGAAUUGAUGCAAGUGUUGAAACCCCCCAUGGAAGGAAAUGGGAAGAAAGAUGAAGGCCAGGCAGAGGGCGGUCCAAAGCUCCAGUGCCUGAAAUGCACACGGGAGUUUGCUGCAUGCUUGCUCUCACUGCAGAAUCCAGGUCCUGCUGAAGAGACUCCAGCAUUCUCUGAACAAGGUACUACUGCUUUCAGUGAGCCCAUAAUCUGCCCCAGUUGCUCUAGCGACCAUGUGGUCAUCCUACCAUCCGAGAGGCGCUCUAGCACACCACUGCCCCCUCCAGAAUGUCUUGGUGAAAGCCAGCAGGAGGCAACUUCAGGGAAGUUCUAUAUUGGUGAAGAGAACUCUGAGAUCGGAACCAGCUCAAGCACCCAUACUCAAGAGCUGAGUGGUGACCAUGGCAGUGCUGUGCAUUCCAGUUCCCGCAGCUCUGAUGGCAGCAAGAGAGAUUUGGGCCACUGCUCUUCUCUUAGCCAAACGGACACCAAUGGUGGGAGCCUGAUGGGGAGCUAUCGCUAUGGGGCCUCUCAGAGGACUACCCCUUCUCAGCUUUCCUUGAGCUCGGAGUAUGAGGAGCACUGGAACAUCAGCCCCCCCUCAAACAGUAUGACCAUGCGGGACUUCUGUUAUGUGGACCAUCGUCUCAAGCUGUAUUUGGACAUGGAAAUCUUUGAUAAGUCAGAAGAGUUCAAGUGUUACCUAAAGGUGGCUGUAGUGAAGGAUGGCCAUCCUGGGGAGUUCCUUGCACUCCUAGUGGCUUCAGAUGUCCAGCUCCAUUUGUUGGAGGUCAAGGGAGAGAUCAGGGGGCAGCCAUCCGAUUGGCUGAAGAAGAGUGACUGCCACAGCCUCUCUGAUAUCUCUGCCUUGGAGGUAGGGCUGUGCCACCAGAGCUUGCAUAUUGAGUUUGUGAAUCCAUGUGCCUCCUACACUUUGCUGCUUCGCAAUGAGAACCGCUGUAGAAGAUUCCUGCAGUGCUUGACAUAUCUCAUGCAGGAAUUGCCAUCCAAGAACCGGAGAGAAAUCCCAGAGGUUACUGUCGUAGAAAUGAAUCCGCAUCAUCCACUAUGGGUACUGCUUGACAAAGAUCUAGCAAAAGAAGCUGGAGGUGGCUCAGCCAAGCCCUUUUUCUACCUCUUGGCAUAUCUCAUCCAAGGAGCAUCUGCCUUUCCUGUGACAUUGCUCAGCACCCAUAGCAAUCUCUUCUUGGUGGAAGAAGAUCACCAGAGGCACCAAGUCCCAAUCUCCUCUGGUGCAGAGGAUGGUGAUGAGAAGCUGCCGAAGAAUAGCUUCCAGCUGAAAGAGAGUCAGCCAAUCAGCAGCAUCAGUGGUGUUAUACUUUAUCGCUUCUCCCCUUGUGACAUGAAGCUGCAGCUUUAUGAUGAAGUCCUAAAGGUGGAGAGUACUUGGCACUUGCGCACAGAAUGUCCAGAUCUACUGGCUGAGCUGGUGGAGUGGCUGCGUGUUCCCUGGGAAGAAAUGUUUUCAAUUGCUCUCAACAAGACAGUGUUUGAGGUGCUGGAGUGAACGAGGGAGAAUAUAGAGGACUGUUAUAUUUCUCUCUGUUGAAUUGGAAGGACACUUCUUGAGCUGCAUCCUGAAUUCUACUGUGAUCUACUGUUUUAAACUUUGCCAGAUUCCAGACAGCAGCAAUGUUGCAUAACUAUGGGUGGCCAGCUUGCCUCCAAUCUCAUUGUUUUGGCAGCAGAGACUUGGCAAGUUUAAUAUUUGUGCUGUAAGGCCUUUCAGUGGCUUUGUAGGUGACUUCCUAUUUGGCAGGAGGUGAGCUAACCAGUCUGCCCACAAACUAUUUCUUGUUGCACUAAAAGACCAAAAUGCCACCCUUGGGUCACUUCCUAAGCGACUUUCUGUGCACUUGUCACUUUCUGUUCAGUAGCAGUUGCUGGGGAUCUUAGAACAGGUUGUGCCAACUAGCUAGACCAGUUCUGGAUUGUGCAUAGCACUGAAUGUGCUGGCUUGGCUAAAGGGGGACUUGUGAAUGCUUGGUGUUUUCAGGGCGGAUCCACAAAACUGUUUCUGAACGUCCCUUUGUAAUAUGGAGAACUCACUGGCUAGACUGGUCAGGGACUGCAUAUAUUGGCAAACCCAUUGAAAGGGUUGCCUUUAACUAUUGGAGCAAGGUGAUCAAGAGUCUCUGGGUGCAGAGGUACUUCGGUAUGGGUCACUGGAAGCCAUAAUCUGCCUGAGUUGGAAAAGUUUUAACUAUGAGACUUUUAAUUUUCAAUAAAAGCGGUCAUAUUUAUUAAUUUC